AUGCUCCGCGAGAUACUUUACGGUAUAGCAGGGUUCGUCCUGCUGGCCUACGGGUCAGAAUGGAUCAUGUCAUUGUUUGACGAUCCUCGCGAGCCUAAGCGUCUGCAGUCCAAAAUCCCACUCUUUGGACACUUGCUGGGCAUGAUGAAGUACAGUUCGGGAUAUCAUGGGAUUACGAGCAAGCAAACAGACCAGGAAAUCUACACGUUCGCUAUCUUCAACACAAAACUCUACAUCGCCAAGACCGCACGUCUUAUCCCCGUUAUCCAAAAAGCCUCAAAGACACUCUCUUUCCGCCCCUUCAUGCAAACAGCUGCUAAACUCAUGGGCGGUGCCAAGCCCGAGACCUUUGAAGUUUUCGGUACCGAGUGGGUCGAUACUUUUAGCCAUGCUCAUAAACACAGCUUGGCCCCUGGACCAAGCCUUGAUGAGCAGAACCUUCGUAUGGGUGAUCGUGCCUUGAUUGACAUUGGGCAACUCCUACCGAAGGAGAAGGAUGGUGUCUCCAAUGUUCGUUUGUGCGAGUGGUCAAGGUACACUGUUGUUCAGGCUAGUGCGUGCGGUAUCUUUGGUGUUGAGCAUCCUUUCCGUGACCCCAAGAUCGAUGAAGCAUUCUGGAAAUGGCAAUCCUACCUACCUCUUCACAUGGUCAAUCUCGACAUUACUGGUAAAGGUUACGCUGCUCGAGAAAUUGUCUUUGAUGCUUUCCGCAAGUACAACAAGUCUCUCCCCAGCGACGUAUCUCUGGUUUACAAGGAACGCCUUCGAUCUAUGCAAGAAGCUGGAAUCGACGAAGAUGAUAUUUGCAAACAACAAGCUACUUUUGGAACUGCUGCUUUUGCCAAUACUUUCCCCAUCUUGCACUGGACUAUCUACGAGCUGUUCUCUCGGCCCGAGCUUCUUGAGGAGGUACGAAAAGAGGUUUCUGAGAAAGCCAUCAGUGGAGACAGCAAGACCGGCUUCAAAUUGGACGUGGCUGCUUUGAAGACAAAAUGCCCUUUGAUCUUGUCGAUUUUCCAAGAGACGCAACGAAUGCGACACGUACACGCCAACAUCCGUAAGAUCACCGAGGAUACUCUUCUUGAUGGAAAAUACCUUCUCAAAGCAGGCCACUAUGUAAUGAUGCCAGGUCAACCCGUCCACACCAACAAAACAACCUGGGGCGAAUCCGCCGACCAAUUCGACCCCUACCGCUUUGUGCCCAAGGAUUCUUCGGAUCGCAAGAAUGUGGCCUCAAGCAGCUUCGUUGCUUGGGGUGCGCCACUUCAUCUUUGCCCUGCGCGUCAAUUCGCCUCGACUGAGAUUCUCAUUGUUGUUGCUCUCCUUGCCACUCGUUGCGAGAUAGCUCCCACGACGGGCAAGUGGGUGAAGGACCCUGCUCUGUUCACGGGCGAUAUGGCCACCAUGUAUACUCCCAAGAAAGACAUUGAGGUUGAAGUGAGGAGUCGUGAAGAGUGGGAUGGGCAGUGGAGUUUGGAAAUGGGAGAGAGCAAGACGCGCAUUUCCCUUGCUUCUGGUUAG